AUGGACUUGGUGCCAGACUUUGGCGCCACGAUGGGGCAUUUCCACGAUACCAAGGGGAACUUCAUAUUGAGGUUAGGAUCCCGCCCUGGCGCCGCCACGCUGCGGUGGUCAUCUCGAGUUCUGUUUCAUACGUCGCUUAAAGGUGUCACCACGGAGGACAUGGAUGGUGUCAGGCUUCAAUCAUGUACCAGAUGGAUUGCCCGACGCUUCUAUCGGAAACGCUCUACGCUACCUGGGCGGCUGCACUAUGACCUAUGGGCGGAUGGCUCUUUAAAAUUAGGAGUAAAAUCUGGCGCAGCAGCCAUGAUUUACCUCAACGGAGAACCUGUUGCCCAAGUAAAAACGAAUAGAGGACCAAUAGCGUGGAGCUGCCGGGCUGAAUCUAUCGCAUUGCAAGUUGGACUGCAGAAAUUGCUGGACAUCAUUCCCCGCCGCAACACUCGGCCGUGCAGAGUCUCUGUCUUCACGGAUUCCCUGUCACCCCUCAUGGCACUUCAAACAGGCCCCCUGACAGUCACAGACCCCAUAUUGCGAAUACUAUGGAACCUGUUAUUGGACCUUCAACACCGCAAGGCACGCAUACGGCUACAAUUUAUAUUUGGCCAUUGUGGCAUUGCAAAGAACGAGGCAUGUGAUAAGAAAGCCAAGACGGCCUCUGACCUACCACAGCGCGGGGAUACGUGGAUACCGGAUGUGGUUGCGCUGGUGAAAUGUCACACACGUAGCCAUCUGCCCAAACCAUCCGCCAACCGCUUCAGCAUCACAGGCCAUUGGAACCCGAGAUGCAAUGAUCCCAGCUUAACUCGAGAAGGGGGCGCAGCCCUGGCGUAUCUCACCGCUUCGGCCGGCUUCGGCGAGCAUUACAGCCCCUCACGCCACACAGAUAUAGGUGGUGUAACCCGAUAG